AACAACAAUCCCAUUGUGCUUUUAUUGUUAGGAGAUUUCUUGGAUCCUCAGACAACUUGAACGAAAAAAAAAAAAACUACUUUCCUGACUUCCAGGAUCGUUUUGGAAGAGACAAGGAAAGAGGAGUUAAGGAGAGAAAGCAAUGGCAUUCACUGGAACCCUGGAUAAGUGCAAGGCCUGUGACAAGACUGUUUAUGUUGUUGAUAUGAUGUCUCUUGAAGGAGUGCCUUAUCAUAAAUCCUGCUUCAAAUGCUCCCAUUGCAAAGGAACUCUUGUGAUGAGCAACUACUCAUCCAUGGAUGGAGUCCUCUACUGCAAGACUCAUUUUGAGCAACUUUUCAAGGAGGGAGGCGAUUUCAGCAAGAAUUUUCAGAAAGGCAAGCCUGAGAGGACUCAUGAGCUGACUAGGACCCCAAGCAAACUCUCUUCCGUGUUCUGUGGAACCCAAGACAAAUGCUCCACUUGCGGCAAAACAGUGUACCCAUUGGAGAAGGUUACCAUGGAGGGAGAAUGUUACCACAAGACAUGCUUCAGGUGUGCUCAUGGUGGGUGUCCACUCACACACUCAUCUUAUGCAGCUCUUGACGGAGUCCUCUACUGCAAGGUCCACUUUGCUCAGCUCUUCAUGGAAAAGGGAACCUAUAGCCAUGUCCUCGCAGGAGCUACACAUAAGAGAUCAACCUCCACGCCACCUCCUGAACUGGCCGAGCCAAACACAGAGGAAGCAGCUGCUGCCGAGGAUAAGUCAGAAUAACAAUCUUAAACGAAGCAGCACAUCAUGGUUUCCUGCAUUGAUAUCUGUUCAAGCUGUCAGGACUGUUUUGAAUUUUCAUGUUGUUGAAUAUUAUUGCCGGAUUGUAUUCAAAGUCUACUUUUGGAUUUGAUUAUCUUUGUUACAAA